CUGAAUUCUAAAGAGACUCAGGCAGAGCUGGGAUGGACCUCAUAUCCCCCCAAUGGGUGGGAAGAGAUAAGCGGCGUAGAUGAAAAGUACAAGCCCAUCCGGACCUACCAGGUGUGCAACGUGAUGGAACCGACCCAGCAAAACAACUGGCUUCAAACGGGCUGGGUGGCCCGUCGGGGUGGCCAGCGUAUCUUCGUGGAGCUCCAGUUUACCCUCCGCGACUGCAAUAGCAUUCCCGGCGUGGCGGGCACCUGCAAGGAGACGUUCAACCUCCUCUAUGUGGAAUCGGACCGGGAUCUCGGCGGCGUGACCAAGGAGGACCGCUACACCAAAAUCGACACCAUCGCUGCUGACGAGAGCUUCACGCAAGGCGAUUUGGGCGAGCGCAAGAUGAAGCUGAACACGGAGGUGCGGGAGAUCGGUCACCUCAACCGGAGAGGCUUCCACCUGGCUUUCCAGGACGUGGGCGCCUGCGUUGCCCUGGUGGCCGUGCGCGUGUACUACAAGCGCUGCCUGGCCACCGUCCAGAACCUGGCCAUUUUUCCCGACACGGUGGCCGAGGCGGCUUUUUCCACGCUGGUGGAAGUGCGCGGCAGCUGCGUCAACAACUCUGAGGUGGACGCCGACAGCCCUCCCAGAAUGCAUUGCAGCGCCGAAGGGGAAUGGCUGGUGCCCAUCGGGAAAUGCAGUUGCAGCGCCGGCUACGAGGAGGGACACAGCAGCUGUGAAGCAUGUCCCCCCGGAUCCUACAAGAUGUCCUCCAGGCAGCAAGAGUGCUUUCCUUGUCCCGCAAACAGUAUUUCCGAGGAUGAGGGCUCGGUGGCGUGCGUGUGCCAAGAGGAUCACUUCAGAACUCCGCUGGAUUCACCUUCCUCACCAUGCACAAGACCACCUUCCCCUCCUCGAGACUUGAUCUACACCGUCAAACAGUCCACCCUCAUCCUGGAUUGGGCCGCGCCAUCCGACACGGGCGGCAGGAUGGAUCUGACCUACAGCGUGACUUGCCGACGCUGCACCGCCAGGCUAUGCGAGCCCUGCGCCUCCAGUGUCGGUUUUGUGCCUCAGCAAGUCGGUCUGACGGAAAGAACGGUGACAGUGGUCAAUCUGCUUCCCAACACCAACUACACGUUCACAGUGGAGGCUUUGAACGGCGUGUCGGAGCUUCUACCCAACAAGCGCUUCUACACGCAGGUCAACGUGUCCACAAGCUUGCCUGCUUCAUCGCUGAUUAGUCAGCUACGAGCCGAGAAGAUUGAGGAAAAGAGCGUCACGUUGGUGUGGAGGCAACCUUCAUCCCCAAACAGAAGCAGGACGGAAUAUGAAGUCAAGUACUAUGAGAAGGAGCAAAAGGAUCAAAGUUAUUCCACUGUAAAGACGUCGGCCACGCGGAUCAGCGUCAACAACCUGAAAGCUGGAACCACCUACGUCUUCCUCAUCCGCCCUUUCACGACAAUUGACUACGGAGCAUACAGCGCCCCCCUGGAACUGCAGACACUGGGCGAAAGAACAAGAAAACUUUUUUUGUCAUUGGCGCUGGCAUCCAGCGAACAAAGUCCUGUGGUGAUUAUCGCCAUCGUGUCUGUGGCGGCGCUCGUCAUGCUGCUUUCCAUGGGAGUGGGACUGCACAUCUGGAGGAGACAAUGCGGCUACAGCAAAGCCUCUCAAGAAGGAGAUGAAGAACUUUACUUCCAGUUCAAGAUUCCUACGCGGAGAACCUACAUCGACCCAGAGACAUGCGAAGAUCUUCUCCAAGCAAUCCAUGCUUUUGCCAAGGAGUUGGACAACUCCAGCAUCAAGAUUGAGAGAAUUGUUCACACAGGUGACUUUGGCGAGGUGUGUCGUGGCUGUCUGAAGCUGCCUAGCAAGCGAGAGCUGCCGGUGGCCAUCAAAACGUUACGAGCCGGUUGCUCGGAGAAACAGCGGCGCUCCUUCCUCAGCGAGGCUGGGAUCCUCGGGCAGUUUGACCAUUCCAACAUCAUCAGACUGGAGGGGGUCGUCACCAGCGGGAACACCAUGAUGAUCAUUGUGGAGAGCUUGACUAAUGGGGCCUUGGAUUCAUUCCUUAGGAAACACGAGGGUCAGUUGAGCGUAAUGCAGCUGAUGGAUAUGCUGACCGGCGUGGCAUCGGGGAUGAAGUACCUCGCCGAAAUGGGCUUUGUUCACAAACGCCUGGCUGCGCACAAGGUUCUGGUUAACGGCAACCUGGGCUGCAAAGUGUCUGGAUUCAGACCUCUUCAAGAGGACAAGAUAGAGGCUAUAUACACUACGCUGCAUGGCGGAAAGAGCGUAGUUCUGUGGACCGCUCCGGAAGCCAUUCAAUACCAUCGCUUCUCCUCGGCUUCCGACGUGUGGAGCUUUGGUAUCGUCAUGUGGGAGGUCAUGUCCUACGGGGAGAGACCCUACUGGGAUAUGGGCAACCAAGAUGUGAUCAAGGCCAUCGAGGACGGUUUCAGGCUGCCGGCGCCGGUCAACUGUCCGACGCAUUUGCAUCAGUUGAUGCUGGACUGCUGGCAAAAGGAGAGGACGGAGCGACCCAGCUUUAGUCAGAUCCAUUCGGCGCUCAGCAAGAGCAUCCGCUCGCCUGACGGCAUCGGGUCCUCUACGACUCUUAGUUCAUCCAUAACACUAGCAGAGAGGCCUCUACCCACCUUUCCGUCGUUUAACUCGGUAGGAGAGUGGCUGGAUGCCGUGGACAUGGGUCGGUACAAGGACAACUUCACUGCCGCAGGGUAUUGCUAUUUGGAGUCGGUGGCACGAAUGACCGUGCAAGAUGUAUUGAGCCUGGGCAUCACUUCCAUGGAACACCAGAAGUUGAUCCUGGCUGCCAUCCAGACCCUUAGAGCCCAGGUCAUCCAAAUGCACGGGCGUGGAGUGCAAGUGUAA